AUGUCGACCUCCUCUGAGAAGGACGUGAAGCGCGACUUCGGCCAAGAUCCCGAAUUCCAGCCUGCCCAAUCACACGCCGACGAGACCAUUGCCCACGAUGCCGUCUUUGGAGAAAUCACUGACAAGGGCCCCAAUUACCGCAAUGUCGGUUGGAUCGGAACCGUCGCCCUCAUGAUGAAGACCCAGAUCGGACUUGGUGUCUUGUCUAUCCCCGCCGUCUUUCACUCUCUGGGUCUUGUUCCUGGACUGAUUGCCCUUAUCGCCAUUGCUGUCAUCACCACCUGGUCUGGAUAUGUCGUCGGUACCUUCAAGCUUCGUCACCCUGAGGUCUACGGCAUUGAUGAUGCUGGCGCUCUCAUGUUCGGUCGUAUGGGUCGCGAAGUCUUUGGCAUUGCCUUCUGCCUCUUCUGGAUCUUUGUCGCUGGCUCUGGUAUGCUCGGUAUCUCUAUCGCCCUCAACGCCGUCUCCACGCACGGCGCAUGCACUGCCGUUUUCGUCGCCGUCGCCGCCAUCAUCGGCUUUGGUCUUGCUAGCAUCCAAACUCUGGGCCGCAUCAGCUGGCUUGCCUGGGUUGGAUUGGUCUGCCUUCUCACUGCCAUCUUUACUGUUACCAUCGCCGUCGGUGUUCAAGACCGUCCCGCGGAUGCCCCCCAAGAGGGCACCUGGAAGUCGGACUACAAGAUCGUCAACAAGGGAACUCCCUUCACCGAGGCCAUCUCUGCUGUCUCGUCGCUCAUCUUUGCCUAUGCUGGCACUCCCGCUUACUUUGCCAUCGCUGCUGAGAUGCGCAACCCCCAGCACUACACUCGAUCUCUCAUUGUCUGCCAGGCCGGCAUGACCAUCACCUACAUUGUCAUCGGCUGUGUUGUUUAUGUCUACUGCGGCUCUUAUGUUGCUACCCCCGCUCUUGGUUCUGCCGGUGCCAUGAUCAAGAAGGUUGCCUAUGGUCUUGCCCUGCCCGGUCUCAUUGCCUCGACCACCCUCGUCAUUCACUACUCUGCCAAGUACGCUUUCGUUCGCAUGCUCCGUGGCUCUAAGCAUCUCACUUCCAACUCUCUCACCCACUGGGUCACCUGGAUCGGCUGCACUACCACUGCCACUAUCAUCGCCUACCUCAUCGCCAGUGGCAUUCCCGUCUUCGGAGGUCUCGUGUCUCUCGUCGGCGCUCUUCUCGGAACCCUGAUGUCCUUCCAGCCUAUGGGUUGCAUGUGGCUCUACGACAACUGGGGUCGUCGCCGUGAGGCUACCCUUGGAUGGUACCUGAUGGUUGCCUACAGCGUCUUUGUUGUUAUCUCUGGUACCUUUUUGAUGAUUGGUGGAACGUACGGUUCUAUUGUUGGCAUUAUCGACUCCAUGAAGGAGACUGGUGGCUCGCCAGCCUGGGCCUGCGCCGACAACUCCAACUCUGUCUAA